AUGGGAUCUUACACUCAGGAAGAGUUUCAGUGUGAGAACUGCGAGAAGGUUUACAAACACAAGCAAAACUUGAGAAAACAUCAGAGGUACCAGUGUGGAGACAAGUGGCCUUUCGGUUGUUCCUUCUGUGACUUCAGGACUAAGCACAAAUGCAGUCUUCAGCUUCAUAUGAAGAAACAUCCAGAGGCUCAUGUCCGAGCUCUGACGAGGCGUCUGCCAGUUACAGAUGGUAAAUACAAAUGUCCGUCUUGCAAGAAGGCGUACAAACACAAGUUCAUUCUGAACCGUCACAUUCGUUAUGAGUGCGGCAACCUGCGUCCCUUCGCUUGUACGAUGUGUCCGUACAGUGCUAAACAGAAGAACACGCUGAAGGCUCACAUGUUCAACAAACACAAUUCCGUGGUUGAGGACAAGGAUGUCAACCCUACAGUAACGCUCAAUGAGAGUUUCAUGAGAGUUUUCAUGAUGUAG